AUGGCAUCUAGAAUAAUUGUUCUGGGGAGUGUGAACUGCUCAAUCAAAGAAGUGUUCACAAAGUUAGCAAAGCUCCAAGUGAAGCAAAACUUUGCAUUUGCUAUUAUCGCUGGGGAUCUUUUUGGUGAUGGCUCAAGCGAGGAAGAGCUCAAAGACAUUACAGCAUUGCUGAGUGGGACUAUUGCUGUGCCACUGUCCACAUAUUUCACCGUUGGAAACCAUCCUAUCCCAGCCCGCAUCAUCGAAAAAAUUGAAUCUGAUGAUGAAGUUUGCACAAAUCUUUACUUCCUUGGCCGACGUGGAACCCUCAAGACCUCUGAAGGCAUUAGAAUUGUUGCACUGGGAGGCAAUCUGGAAAGCCCUGCGACUCCUGCAUCGGGCGUGAGCGAUAAAUACCUGCCCAGAUACACGGAAAGCGACGCUAGAUCGUUAUUCGGAGCUCACAGCGCCGAUAUUCUAAUAACUAAUCAAUGGCCAAAGUCGGUUCUCGAUGGGUCGAAAGUCUCAUUGCGUGACGGUGCCAAGUCUCCAGAAGGAUUGCAAUGCGUGGCAGACCUUUGUGCGACAUUAAAACCUCGAUAUCACUUUUCGUCCGGCGCUCCCUUUUUUUAUGAACGUGAACCGUUCUUCCAUCUCCCCACGGAGGAAUCUCCCGAUGUUAAACAUAUUACCCGAUUCAUUAACUUAGCCCCGUUCAGCAAGUCAUCGAAUCAGAAAUGGCUGUAUGCCUUCACUCUAGAUCCGCAAGCCGCUCCAUUAACGUCCAUUCCCGCAGGCGCCACGGUGUCGCCGCUCCUGACCUCGAAAAAGCGCCAUGCUCUUCCCAGCCAGCCGCAGACCUUCAGUCGUUUCGCCCAGGGCGAUGACUACCAUAGGCCUAACAAGCGAGUUCGGAGGCCUCCACCCGGCCCCUCAGAAUGCUUUUUUUGUUUAUCAAAUCCGAAUAUUGCCACCCACCUUAUAACCUCCAUUGGGUCGGAUUGCUACCUUACAACUGCAAAGGGUCCAUUACCUACUUCCACCACGUUCCCCUCCCUGGGAUUUCCAGGCCACAUAUUAAUAAUCCCUCUGACUCACUCGCCGACUUUCGACGCAAUCACCGAGGUGGAUUCACAAUCAGCCACCAUUAAAGAAAUGCAAAGAUACCGAGCUUCUCUGCACGAAAUGUUGGAUGAUAGAUCGAAUGGGGAGCUAGGUGCGGUGACCUGGGAGGUCAGCCGUGCUAAUGGGAUUCAUAUCCAUUGGCAAUUUCUUCCAAUGCCAUCAGACCUGAUAUCUCGUGGAUUAGUCGAGGCGGCUUUCAAAGUGGAAGCCGAAAACCUCAGUUAUCCCAAGUUCGAAAAAAAUGAUAACGCAACGUUGGGCAAGGGUGAUUACUUUCGGGUGAUGAUCUGGCACCCAGCAAAAAAGGCAUCGAAUGGUGAAGAGAAGGAGGGAACAGAUGGUGAAUCAGGCGUGGAAACUAACUUGAUCCUUCCGCUAUCGCCGGAGUUCAGGUUCGAUCUUCAGUUUGGCCGGCGGGUGAUGGCAAAACUCCUCGGACUCGAGAAGAGGAUGAAUUGGAGAGACGAUGUGCAAUUAGAGAAAGAAGAAAUAGCUGACGCGGAGGCCUUUAAGAAGGCGUUUGAAAAGUUUGAUUUUUCGCUAAAGGAAUAUUAA